GUGGAGGGGCGGGGCUUGCCCGCGGAGCGCGGCGGGCGGGCGCGUCCCAGGUUGGCGGCUGCUGGCUGAGCCCGCGGCUACCGCGGCGGUGGCCAGAGCCGGAUGCUCGCGGGCUCCGUGCGGCUCCAGCCGUUUUCCUCCCCCGGGCUGCGCCAACUCGCGUCUGCCGGAGACGGAGACCUCGCGGCGCUCUGCCGGAGAACUCUGCUGUUCCAGCCUCGGGGCUCCCCGGGAGAAAGCCAAGUGCCCCCAGGUGAAGCCGGCGUCCCGGAACGGCCCCGGAGCGCCCGCCGCCAGCUUGCACCUUCUGGGAACCGCGACCGCCGAGCGUUUUCCAGCGCCUGCAACGCAGGGCGCGCGGGGGCAGUGGGGUCCACUGCGUGGGAAGGGGCGACGAGGACACCGAUGAUGGACUCACCGGCCUGGCGCGCGGGCUGUUGCUGUCUCCUCCUCUUGGCUCUCGUUGGGUCUGCUCGGAGCGAGGACAUGCCCAGCUGCGAAGAAGUUCGGAAACUUUUCCAGUGGCGCCUGGUGGGAGGUGUCAAGGGGCUGCCGGAUUCGCCGCGGGCAGGACCAGAUCUUCAGGUUUGCAUAUCCAAAAAACCCACGUGUUGCACUAGGAAGAUGGAGGAGAGAUACCAGAUUGCAGCUCGCCAAGAUAUGCAGCAAGUGCUUCAAACAUCCAGCUCGACAUUGAAGUUUCUAAUAUCGCGAAAUGCUGCGGCUUUUCAAGAAACUCUGGAAACUCUCAUCAGGCAAGCAGAGAACUACACCAGCAUUCUCUUCUGCAACACCUACAGGAACAUGGCCCUAGAGGCUGCAGCUUCCAUUCAGGAGCUGUUCACUGACGUGGGGCUCUAUUUAUUUGGUGCGGAUGUUAAUCCCGAAGAGUUCAUAAACCGAUUCUUUGACAGUCUUUUCCCUCUCGUCUACAAUCACCUCAUUAACCCUGGUGUGUCGGACAGUUCCCUGGAAUAUUCGGAAUGCCUCCGGAUGGCCCGCCGGGAUGUUAGUCCCUUUGGUAAUAUUCCCCAAAGAGUAAUGGGGCAGAUGGGGAGAUCGCUGCUGCCGAGCCGCACGUUUCUGCAGGCGCUGAAUCUGGGCAUUGAAGUCAUCAAUACCACAGACCAUCUGCACGUCUCCAAAGAGUGCAGCAGGGCCCUGCUGAGGAUGCAGUACUGUCCUCUCUGCCAGGGCCUGACUCUCAGCAAGCCUUGCAUGGGGUACUGCCUCAACGUCGUGAGAGGCUGCUUGGCACACACGGCAGAGCUGAAUCCGCACUGGCAUGCCUACAUCCGGUCACUGGAGGAGCUCUCAGAUGCCAUGCAUGGAACAUACGACAUUGAACAUGUGCUCCUGAACUUCCACGUGCUUGUUAAUGAUGCUGUGACGCAAGCUCACCUCGAUGGACAGAAGUUAUCGGAACAGGUCAAUAAGAUUUGUGGCCGUCCAAUCAGAGCACCUACACAAAGCCCCCGUUGUUCUUUUGAAGGAAGCAAAGAGAAGCACGGGAUGAAGAUCUCUCCCAGAAACGAUGAAGAGACACUUGCCAACAGAAGAAAAGAAUUUAUCAACAGCCUUCGACUGUACAGGACGUUCUACGGAGGACUGGCUGACAAGCUUUGUGUUAGCGAAUUAGCCGCUGCUGAUGGGCUGCCGUGCUGGAAUGGGGAAGACAUAGUCAAAAGCUAUACUCAGCGUGUGGUUGGCAAUGGAAUCAAAGCCCAAUCUGGAAAUCCUGAAAUCAAAGUCAGAGGAACUGAUCCCGUGAUAAAUCAAAUUAUUGAUAAACUGAAGCAUGUUAUUCAGCUGUUACAGGGUAGGUCACCCAAACCCGACAAGUGGCAGCAUCAGACCGGCAGUGGCGGUGGCAUGGUUGAACAGGUCAGCGGGGACUGUGAUGAUGAAGAUGGUUGUGGGGGAUCAGGAAGUGGAGAAGUCAAGAGGACCCUAAAAAUCACAGACUCCUCCACGGUUACCCCGGUCGAUUCGUUGUGCUGGCCGCGACAAGAAGUGCUCAAUCCAGAAGUGGGAACAGCUGUCAGAAGAUACCCUUGGCCUAACCUGUAGCUUUGCCAGCCAAAGCACAGGGGGUCAAGCAACUUGCCCAGGAUGGCAGAGGUGACAAAUGGUAGGACUGUGAUCUUGAUGGAGGAGAGCUGUGAGCCCUGAAGUGUGAGCAUUUUCUGCUACACUAUAUUCCCUGUAGAGAUACAUUAAAUGCUCAAAAAACAAUCUCUUAUGAGUAAAAAUCAGCGA